UAUAGCAUUCUCAAGAUAUAGUAGUUAUUGUUUGUCAGAUUCAGUGAUCGUGUCCCUAAAGUUAUCAUGAAGUCAGGAAUUAAGUUUCAUGUUGAAAACAAAUGGUAGCCACACAUCAUAAAUCUUUCUGUUUUGAAGUCAUAAGCAUUCUGUUUGGUGGUGUAGGUUCAACUUUAGUUGAGAGAUUCAGUAACACACAUGGCUAAAAAUUAUCGUCUAUUCAGUGAAAAAAAAAUGUGGGAAAAGAUGCCUGACCAAAAAUAUUCUUAAUUUUCUAUGACAAAAAAAAGAAUGUAAUAAGUGCAUUAGUGGGCAGCCAUCCCCCCCCCCCCCAGGCCCCCACACACACACAAAAAAAAACUGGAAAUGAGAGUACUCUAUUCAAUGAAGUGGUUUUUUUUUUUUUUGAAAGGUACCUUUUUCUUGGUUGCAUUCAUUGUUUUAUGGGCUAAAUAGAGUGACUGGACAUAAAUCUAUGUCCUCAUCAAUAAAUUAGAAACUGCAUGCAUUUCUCUUCCUUGGUUAUUUACAAUAAAGCAGCAUGAAAAGACAUGGUUGCAGCUGCUUGGAUCACAUAGGUAACGACAUUGCGAGGGAACAUAUGCUUACCACAAGGGCAUUCUCAAAUCGUAACGCUGUACUAGAAAAGUAGAUACUGAAUACAUGUCGGAAUAGAUAGUGGUGCUUCUAUGCUCUUCCAAGAACCGAGUUGCACAAAUCCUAAAGAAAUGUUCUUAGUAGUGGAAUAGUGGGUGGUUGCAAACCAAACCCUCAAAUUGCUUCAAAAUUUGUGCUUUCACUUUUUGGAAGAGCAUAAAAGCACUAGUUGGGAAUAGACUGACAUGCUGAAGCUCCAACCUUUUAUUAUACACAUGCUUACGGAACAUAUAUAGAUUCUGCAUCCACCAUAUUGCUCCAAGUUGAUCAACUGCAUUUUGUGGUCACAAAUUCUCUAAUUUGUGGCCAGCUAGAGUUUGGUUGAAAGAAUCCCAGCCAUUAGAAUGGACCAAAUGGUCGCCCUUUCUGGACAUAUAAGCUGCCAGAGCGUUAUUCCACAAAGUUAAAAAAUCUCCCGGUACCAAAAUGAUCUGUUUUUCUCAAUCCUAGAUAUCUAACUGCAUUUUCUUUUAAUAUCUUAUUUGAUUUAGAAUUUGUAUCCUGCUUUUGCAGAAUCUAAAUGUAUUAAGUUUUGAAUUUGAGCCAUAUGUUGGAAAUUCUUUUAAAAAAAUAAUUAGAAGUUACAGGCUCAUUUUAGAUUUGAUUUGAAAGGUCAACUGUGAAUUUAUAUAUUUGAUUUUUGAUUUUUGUUUUAAAAAUGGUACAUUGUUAUCUCAUACAGUAGAAUUCUAUUUCUUUGUUUAUGUAAUAUUUUGAUUUAAAAAAAUCAAUUUUCGAAUUUAAGUUGAAACUUCUUUCCAAAAUUCAGGUUGAUGUUGUAACUAAACUAAAAUUUUACAUUUAUUAAGUGUCAAAUCAAUUUAAUUUCUACAUUUAUUCAUAUGUUAUAAUAAUCAUAACUUGAUUAUUCUUAGUUUGAAAGUUGAAAUCUGUCAUUUGAGAAUGUUAUAUCGAGCCAUUUUGCAGGUGUAUUAUCUGUGGAACUUGCCUCUGAUGUUUACAUUUCCAUAUACGUGGGAGUGUAUUUCUUAAUUUUUAUCGUUGGAAGUUAUACUCUCCUCCCAUUUAUUUUGAAUUCUUUUGGAAUUUACCUUUGCAUUAUAGUUGCAUAUCACACUAGAAUUCUUUUCUCAUUUUUCUGCGAUCAAGUAGGAGCUUAGUGAUAUAGAAAGCUGGAAAUAAUUCCAUUUAGGAGGCCAAUAUGGCAUCUUUUCGGGCAGUCCCUCUUAACAAGGUUAUGUGCUGGUUCAAAUGGGAUUUAUAAAUUGUAGAUACCUUUUUGUCUUCUCUGAAAUAAAAUAGUGCAGAGCCCCACUUAAAGGAUUCCAUAUCAUAUAUUCUGUGACUGAUUCGAAUUUCCCUGUUCUAUUUAAGAGACAUAGGCCUCUUAGUAUUGCCAAUUGUUUUGUACUUAAAGUUCAUUGAGUGAUAAAACAAUGGCAUUUGCUGUGCCCUCCUUAACAUAUUCGAGGUUCUAUCUUUCUUUGGUUCGUCCAAAGAUCUCAGAUGCAAAACAUGUUGAUUUUAGCAGGCCUGCAGCAGCUUCAGCAUUUAGAUUGCCUUGCUUAAAAUCAUCAAUAUUUGGAACAGCGCCAUGUUUCUUUGGCAAGGUAUUGCCCAAGGGUAUUCAUGCAGCUAUUCCUGUGACACCAUUGCUUGGGGCUAUUGAUGUGCUGGAUGCCAUCGAAGAUGAAUAUGGUGGGGUUGUGGUUAACCCUAGUUUCUUACCAAAUACAUCCAAUGCAUUUGCUUCAUCACUCCAGUCAUCACUGUCUUACUGGAGUCAACAGGGAAAAAGAGGGGUCUGGUUGAAGAUAUUGGAAGGUCAAGCUGAUCUAGUUCCUAUUGCAAUAAAGGCAAGGUUCAUCUAUCAUCAUGCAGAACCAGGGUAUGUGAUGCUGACUUUCUGGCUUCCAGAUGGGCCUUCUGCUUUGCCAUCUACUGCAUUGCAUCAAAUUGGCAUUGGAGCAUUUGUCAUGAAUGACAAAAGAGAGGUGCUUGUUGUAAAAGAAAGGAAAUGCACAUUAUGCUGUUCAGGCAUUUGGAAGAUCCCCACUGGUUUUAUCGAUAAGUCUGAAGACCUAUUUUCUGGAGCCAUAAGAGAAGUUAAAGAAGAAACUGGGAUAGAAACUUCUUUCCUGGAUGUGGUUGCAUUCAGGUAUAUCAAAUACAAGUCAAUUAAGUCAUGCACGCACAUCAAGUCACUUUUGAGAAAUCAGAUAUACUCUUUCUUUGCACGCUCAAGCCAUUGUCCUUUGACAUCUCAAUUGAUGAAUCGGAGAUUGAAGCAGCAAUGUGGAUGCGGGUUGAUGAAUUUCUCAGCCAGCCGUUCCAUCAGGAGGAUGAAAUGUGCAAGACCAUGAUUGACAUCUGCAUCGCGAAACAUCAGAAGUGUUACCAAGGGUUCGCUGCUCAUCAGGUGAUGUCGAAGCUCGACGACAGGGUUGCUUAUCUUUAUUAUGGAGGUAUAAGUGAAGCAAUGGGAUUGCAUUGAACAAAGAACGGAAGAAGUUUUCCCAACACAGGGAUGAGGUCCCUUCGAAACUACUGGUAUAAAUUCAACUAAUUAACAGCAAAUAAUCGGUAAAUUGUCGUUGUCCUGGAAGUAUGCGCCAUGCAGGCAGAACUGCCAGUCAGCAGCCUAUCAAAUAUAUGGUGGAUAUGCUGAUCAAACACUAUGCAAUAGAAAGCUACUCCUGCAAAUCAAAUUCAAUGUAGGUCCUGCCAUGCUGGCAAAUGUUUUCCUUUUUGCAUCAACCGAAACAGAAUACUUUUCCUUGAUUUUGAGAAUUUUUUUCUGGAAACCCUUUUAUUUUUUCUCACGCCGAUCUUGGUCACAAUAGUACCUAGAAUUACUACUGAAAAAAUGUAUAAAAGAUUGUUGGCGUGGGUUUCCCGUAUCCAAAUUCUAAGGAAAAAUCACUAUU